UCAUUUUGUAUUAAUGUUUAGGCUUUUGUCCCAUGUAAGAAUAUGUAGCGUGUUUAACCCAGUAAAAUGGUAGCGUUGGCCUGAUGUACAUGGGAUCCCGUUAAGUGAUAAAAGUGUGAGCGAACACGGUACACAGUGGACAUUCUUACUUGUGGAUAAACAGUGACCUCCGUACCUGACGGCGGACAGAGGACAGACACAGGGCUAGUCACCGGACCAUGUCCUUACCCCAGUUCGCUCCAUACCCGUUUCCUGGUCCUUCAUCAGUCUCAACCUCUCCGAUGCCGGGCCCAGGGUCGUCUGCGGCCGGUCCCCGGGGCUGCUGCGAGAACGGUCGCCCUAUAAUGACUGACCCACACACUGGACAAACGAUAUGUUCCUGUCAGUACAGUUCCACCCUCCUUAGUUAUUCCCGGGUGCCGGGGAUCGCAGAUGGGGUGUACGGCAGCCCUCCUUAUGGCCCUGCCCAAGGUUAUAUGCCCCUCGGCUCGGAGAGUUCAGCAUUCUAUUCACCACUGACGGGAGGAGCGUUUGAUACCAAGGAUGGUGCUGAGGCGUGGCGAAGUCUCACCCAGCCCGGGGCUUGCUUCCCCUAUGAUCCGGCGGUGGCGGUGUAUCCCUACGGAACAGGAUAUGGUGGCAUUGAUUUAAAUGCAAGAAGAAAAAAUGCUACACGUGAGACAACCAAUACUCUCAAGGCGUGGUUAUACGAACACAGAAAAAAUCCUUAUCCAACUAAAGGGGAAAAAAUCAUGUUAGCCAUAAUCACAAAAAUGACACUGACACAGGUGUCCACGUGGUUCGCCAACGCAAGGCGGCGACUUAAAAAGGAAAAUAAAAUGACAUGGUCUCCACGUAACAGAUCAGAGGAUGGUACAGAGAACGAUGAUAAUGACGAUGAUUGUGACAACAAAGAUGACGACGAUGACUUGGACUUGUCCUGUAACGGCAGUAGUAGUGAGGGUCCAUUAGACCUAGGAACAAAACCAUCCUUGGAUUCCACAGAAUCUGAACAAGGUAAACCACCAGUAAAAGAAAGAAUGAUCAACGUAGAUGAUGACUGCGAUGAUGAUUCCAAUUUGAGUUUUAAGGACAUUGAUGAUUUCGACCCCGUCCGAACAUCAGAUCGACGGGAGAGUGCGCGCGCAGAUGACAGUGACGAUGAUUCUCAGGCUCCGAGUAUAGGUGGUGAUUCCCGGUGUAGUGAAUUGACAUCCCCCGCACUUCCGAGGGGUUCCGAAUGUAGGUCGGAGACAGUCCCCUCAGACAACGAUUCUGAGACUCAAACGAGACCUAAAAUUUGGUCUGUAUCAGAAUUCCUCAACUCUUCUACAAGCAGUGGCAGUGACACUUCUAAAUCCGAACCGCGGGUGACUAAACCAAUCUCCCAACAGCAUGGUGGUCCUGGAUUUUUCUACCUCCCCUCCUCGAAAAACUCUCUUACUUCGGGUAGAUUUGCAGCAUUUGGGGCGUACCCUUUGUCCUUUAGUCAUACGACGCUGUCCUAUCCAUAUUCACUUACGUCACAUACGGCGUCAAAGGCGGGAAUCAUGUGUUCUACGUCAAGAAUACAAGGACCGGAAAACCUCUCGACGGGGGGCCCCGACAAAAUACUGAGAUCUCAAAACGGACUCUUCUCACCAGCUAGGGACAUCGAUGUCGUGAAACACUCGGGUAAAUUUUAGAAUAUCUGUUACAUUAAAUGUGAAAGCUUGGAAGUGGAUGUUGUUUUUGUCCUUUGUUCUUAAGUUUAAUUUAUAAUACAGUUUUAUAUUAAAACAGAA